GUGAGAUAAAAAUUGCAAAGUAUGACAGAGAUGAUUUAUCUACAAUGUGGCGUGAUGUAUACAAAGACACUUUGAUACUAUUUCAAAAGUUUGAAAUAUGGGGAAAGAUGCGUUAUGAUUCUAUUGUG